AGUUUACUUGUAUCCUUAUAUAUCCGCCUUGUUGGGCACUUGUAAGAGACCAGCAGGCAGGAUGCUGCUCAACAAGUAUUGCGAAUCGGUCUACCAGACCCAGCGCCGCCCAACGCGGACGAUUAUGAUCGGCAAGGUGCCGGUGGGCAGCUCGCACCGGAUUGCUCUGCAGACCAUGACGACCACGGACACCAGGAACGUCCAGGCGACUGUCGAUCAGGUCAAGAAGUGCGCGGACGCGGGUGCCGACAUCGUCCGCAUCACGGUGCAGGGCAAGCGGGAGGCGGAGGCGUGCAUGCGCAUUCGUGAGCAGCUGUUCAAGGACAGGUACGACGUCCCGCUGGUCGCCGACAUCCAUUUCCAGCCCACUGUGGCCAUGAUGGUGGCGGAGGCGUUUGAGAAGAUCCGUGUGAACCCGGGUAACUUUGUGGAUGGACGCAAGAGCUUCGACGUCAUCAACUACGAUGACCCCAAGGUGUUUGAGCGCGAGCGUGAGAUGAUCGAGGAGGGCUUCACGCCGCUGGUGCUCAAGUGCAAGGAGCUGGGCAGGGCGCUGCGCAUCGGCACCAACCACGGCUCCCUCUCCGCGCGCAUCCUGUCCUUCUACGGUGACACCCCACGCGGCAUGGUUGAGUCUGCGUUCGAGUUCGCAGAGGUGUGCCGCAAGCACGACUUCCACAACUUCCUGUUCUCCAUGAAGGCCUCCAACCCGCUGGUCAUGGUGUCCGCCUACCGGCUGCUGGCGGAGGAGAUGUACGCCAAGGGCUGGGACUACCCGCUGCACCUGGGGGUCACGGAGGCCGGCGAGGGCGAGGACGGCCGCAUGAAGAGCGCCGUCGGCAUCGGCGCGCUGCUGAUGGACGGUCUGGGCGACACCAUCCGCGUCAGCCUCACGGAGGACCCCGAGUACGAGAUCGACCCAUGCAGGCGGCUGGCGGGGCUGGGCGAGCAGGCGUGCGCGGAGCGCCUGGGUGUGGCCCCCUUCACCGAGACCUCCCGCGACACGCACACCUUCAAGCGCCGCGAGGGUGCGCUGCCGCCCGCGCAGCAGCCCGGCGAGGACCUGGACUACCGCGGGGCGCUGCACCGGGACGGUACCGUGUUCUCCGCGGUCAGCCUGCAGGACCUGGCGGCGCCGGAGGCCCUGUACAAGCGGCUGGGUGCCAAGCUGGCUGUGGGGAUGCCCUUCAAGGACAUCGCCACGUCCGACUCCAUCCUGCUGCGGGAGCUGCCUCCCGCGGCGGACAAGGAGGGCCGCAGGGCGCUCAGGAGGCUGCAGGAGGUGACCACCCACGUGAUUGCCCCCCUGGAGGCGCUGGCCGCCGACCCCCUCCCUGGGGCCAUCGCCCUGCUGCCGCUCAAGCAGGCGCUGCAGGGGCCACUCAGCCUGCCGCAGGGCAUCACCCGCUGGGCUGCCGAGGUGGACGGCACCGAGAGCGAGGCGCAGCUGGCCUCCCUGGCCUCGCUGCCCUCCCCGCCGCUGGUGCUGCUGCUUCGCACCGCGGAGGGCGUCAGCCGGCUGCACGCCUCGCGCCGCGUGUUCGAGUGCCUGGCCAAGACCGGUGUGGACAGCCCGGUGGUGCACCACAUCGAGUUCCCCGCGGGCACCUCGCGGGAUGAGAUCGUGAUCAAGACGGGAGCCAUGGUUGGAGGGCUGCUGGUGGACGGUCUGGGUGACGGCGCCAUGAUUGAGUGCCCCGGCGAGGACGUGGACUUCCUGCGCAGCACCGCCUUCGGUCUGCUGCAGGGUUGCCGCAUGCGCAACACCAAGACCGAGUACGUCAGCUGCCCCUCCUGCGGCCGCACGCUGUUCAACCUGCAGGAGGUGACGGAGCAGAUCAAGCAGCGCACCGGACACCUGCCGGGAGUGGCCAUCGCCAUCAUGGGCUGCAUCGUGAACGGACCGGGUGAGAUGGCUGACGCUGACUUCGGCUACGUGGGCGGCAACCCGGGCAAGAUCGACCUGUACGUGGGCAAGGAGGUGGUGCGCCGCGGCAUCCCCAUGGAGUCGGCCUGCGACGAGCUGGUUGAGCUGAUCAAGGAGCACGGCCGCUGGGUGGAGCCGCCCAGCCUGGAAGGCGAGGGGGAGCGCAAGGGGGAGCUGGUGGCGGCGGCGUGAAGGGGGUAGCAUGCAACCUGCGCUUGAUGCUGACCCUGCGGACAGCACACUUCGCUUCCCGUUUACGUGGGAGAUGUGGCAGUGAAACCGGGGAAUGAGUGGCCGGAUGUGGAUGCUGUUAGGGGGUGAUGAGGCACAGUGGGGCGAGGUAGGAGAGGGAGGCACAGCCCUGUUCAAGUAUGCGCGGGCCUGCCAGGUGCCCUGCGUUAAGGGUUGGCAGCAGCUGUGUGGUUCACGGUAACUCGGGUUACUCGGUUACGAUGCUUGCUCUUGGUAGUCUCUUUUAACGGCCGGAUGGGCCGGUUGGUUCGUCGGUAGCGCAUUUAUUGAAACGCCACGUCCAAUCAAUUGAGCCAAACAAUUAUAUGUGUGUCGAGUACGGUUUUAGUCCGGCCGGACGGACCCAUGGGACGGUGUUGCAUGCCUCUGCAUGCCUACGAUCCGCCCCCAUACCGUUGGGCUGGCCAUUCGGUAGGCGGUAUGAAGGAGGCCGGUCCGCAAGUGUUUACGGGGGGAGACUGAAUGUUCUCGUCACCUUAACGGUGCAAACGGCUAGGAAGCCUAAGGUUAUGAUGACAUGGUAGCCCGACGGGCCUCCGAAUGUGGGGAGCUUCUGCUCGGUACUACCUGCGCGUGUGUUACGCGAUUUACCGGCUAGUAGGACGACCGUGCUUGUGUUGGUGUGGCGGCGUUUUGAAUGAACUUAGACAGACAGGCGGGGGACAAGUGGUCUGGUGGGACAAGCAGCCUCGGGUUUUUGUUACCGCUUGCCUUUCUAGUAGCAGGGUUGGUGUGGACUGAACGUUGGAGCGGUUGGGUAUGCGCCAAGGGGCGCGGAGUGCAUGCUGUAUUGGAAUAAAGCUGUACGAUCGGGCUCUCUGCAUGGCGCAUGUGCCUGCAUAAGGAGCCUUUGUUACAGCUGUACUCGGGCGCUUAUGUUCUGUGUAACUAGGGGAAGAGAUCUUCCCUUUAUUCUGUAGAUCUCUGUCGUGCGCCCCUGCG